AUGUCCUUGUGGGACGAGUGGGGAGUGAAGCACAUGGUGACUGUUUGUCAGCUGGACCGUUUGCACGUAGUGCAAAGCAUGACUUUGCAGAAGAACGGCUACGAGGCUCUGCAGCUUGGACUUGGAUACAGAUCAAUCCACCGCCUGACUCGGCCAGAAAUUGGCUCGUACAUCAAGGCAGGUGUUGGUCCGAAGCAUCACAAGUGUGAGUUCCGUGUCUCCUCAGAUUGCCUUCUGCCUCCAGGACUCGAACUGACUGUGCGGCAUUUCGUGCCUGGUCAGUGGGUCUUUGUGUCCGGCUGGAGCAAGGGCAGAGGUUACACCGGAGUCAUGAAACGUUGGGGCUUCUCCGGCGGCGGUUCAGACUUCCACGGGCACAAAAAAUCGCAUCGAUCUGCUGGUUCCGUGGGUCAACGCGGUCCCGGAAAGGUGUGGGUUGGCAAGAAGAUGGCAGGUCACAAAGGUCCGGAUCCUCGCUGCGUCAAUGCCAAGGUCUUUCGAAUAGAAAGCACCCGCAACCUGAUUUUCCUCAAGGGAGCUCUGCCUGGUUACAAGGGCAGUGUGGUCAAGAUCAGCGAUGCUCGGGGCAAGACGGCCCUGAAAAACAAUCACAUCAGAUUGCCCUUCCCUACCUUUGUGCCGGUUCCUGGUGUGGAGUACCCUGUGACAAUACAGGAGCCGCCUCCUCAGAGAGAUCCUUUCCUCUAUCCCGAGCAGCCGCUCUACCAGCCGAACGACUAG